CUUGUACAUAUUUUCAGUGUAUUUGCCACAACAAAACUGUGUGAUAGAUAAUUUUGAAGAUGUCUUAUUUUCACUUGAACAAUUUGUUCAAGAAGCAAAUAUUGAUGGCAAUGUAGUUAUUCUUGGUGAUGUCAAUAGCAAUCUAGGUCAAUUAACUGGAAGUAGGGGACACGGAGAUCCAUCGAGCAAUGGCUACAAUCUGUUUGAAUUUAUGAAGCGGAACAUCUUAACUGCAAUUGACAUGACGGAGAUAACUACUGGUCCAACCCACACUUUUGAAAUGAUGAGGAAUGAAGUACUACAUGUGAGCUACAUUGAUCACGUGAUUAUUUCUUCCCAACUUGCUAAUAAUAUACUUACCUGUAAGGUGUUUGAAGAUGAACCUGACAACACAUCAGAUCAUCUACCGAUUUUAAC